UAAAGCACUAGGUUUGCAAACCAACUGUCUAUAAUAAACAUGACGACUGAUAGCAGCAGUUCGGCUGCAAGUAGAAAGCUGAAAGGUAACACAUGCAUGAAGGAAGCAAAAUACAUUGAGGCCAUCGUGGAAUACUCUGAAGGAAUAAUGAUUGACCCCUCCAAUGCAGUGAUGUACAGUAACAGGUCUUUGGCAUUCCUUAAGAUGGAUCAGUAUUUUUACUCAAUGAAAGAUGCAGAAGUUACAAUAAGAUUGGUGCCAGAUUGGCCAAAAGGUUACUACAGAAAAGGCCAAGCAGAGGAAGGAGCUAAAAUGUUCGAUCUUGCCAUAAUUUCAUACCAAGCUGGUUUGAAGGCCUGCAAAAAUGAUUUGGUUCUUGAAACAGCGUUGGCAGAGGCACAGAGAAAAUAUUAUCUAGACCUGGACAACAGAAAAAAGAGGUUGAAGAAAUAUUGUGUUGUUGCAUCAGUAUUUGGUACGCUGAUAGUUAUUGCUGAUAUGAUGGGUAAGCCACGUCAUUCAUUUAUUAAAUAUCCAUGGAUGCGAUUCACUCUCAUCUCAAUUGCUGGAGUUAUAGGUUACAUGUUUGCAUCGUUUCUCAUUUCAUUGGAGAAAUCCCGACGCUCAUCUUUGCUCCAACCUCCCCCAGAACUAAUGCAGGGAGGAGAAAAGCCUCGUGACCCAACCUUCCUCACCCCUGCCUCAUCCUCACAGUCGCAAUCUGUUGGUGAUUCUACUUUGCCACAUUCAAAGAAAGAAUGAUUGAAAUUUUAUUUAUAUUGGUUUUAGAACAUUUUUUUUGGUUCUUUGUUUACCUAUUGUAUUUACAGUUUUUAAAAUAAUAUUUAUGAAUGUUAAAAAGUUGUUCGAUUUACGGAUUUUAUCAGCAAAUUUACAGGUUGGUAUUGAUAUGUUCAGAUAAGAUAGGAUGCAACAAGUAUCAUUCAA